AUGCCCCGUGUCGGAGAGAUAGGUGCAGUACCUACAUGCGCUUUCAGGUUCCUACAAUCUGAACAGCUGACACCAAUAGGUUUUUAUCAACUAAUCUCCUCUGUGAAAGUAGAAACGAUGGAAGGUGGCUCCGGAGUCACAAUAAUGUUGCAUAAGUAUUUUCUUAUCUUUCUCCGUUACUUGGAAGGAGCAUCUCUAUGGAACUCAGCCAGCCUCAACUCGCACUUGGUCGUUAGGAGCCGUGAGAUUAUCGAUAAUAAUGGUAAUUCCAUACACGUGUUGCAUUUCUUCGAUCGCGAUCCCAGACGUCCUAUUACAACGUACCAAGAUGGUCAAAGCCGGCUGCGAGAUUCCAUUGACCAGUGCGGGCUUCGUAUUUAUGUGAUGUCCAGCCCGGGGUCCCAUAAUGGCAACACAAUAUCACAAUACUGGCAUAGAUUUAUGCUCAGGCGCAUCGCCUUCGCACGCGGAAAUCCCAUAGUUAUUUACCGGUUGCCAGUUAAGUGCGGCAGAUUUAUCGGUUGUGGAGCCGCGCCUCGCGACGAUCUCGUUUCUCUUGUGCACUAUGAUAAAUACCAUCUAGUCCUCUAUCAUCUAAGCUCUGAGCUCACACCGCGCGGUCAGGUUAAAUUUAAGUGA